CGGCGCUGCGCAGAGACUCUUCCAGGAACCGCCUGGCACCCUGGGCCGUGGACUUUGGCUGCUGUGCGUCCCGUCUGCUCCUCCUCUCCUACCCCCAGCAGGCUCAGAGCCUCACUCCGGGGCGUGUCCUGCCUACCUCCGGCUCACAGUGGUCCACUCUGCCGGCUCCAGCGGCGGCGGAGCGGCAGCUGCGGGAGCUGGAGCAGCGGUGGCGCGAGCCGCCCGGGAAGCAGCGGUGGCCGCGGCCGGCGCUCCGGGCCGGCACCUGUGCGGAGCAAGAGGAGCAGGGGUAGGGUGGGCGGCAGCGGCUCUGAGCCUCGGAAGGAGCGGCCACCUCCCAGCUGGGAUCCUGCUGUUCUUAUCACCCUCUUGCUGGCCCGCCGGGAGGUAGCACGGAGCUGGGGACCCUGGUGUGGGCAAACAUGUGCAGCAACUGCUAGAGGCCUCGGGACAGGUUACCGUGUGGUCCAAGAGUAGAGAGACGAGGCAAGGGGUGCUUUGGGUCAUGGCAGCCUCCAGCAUGGACUUCGGGGAGGUGGAAACUUUUUUGGAUAGGCACCCAGAGUUGUUGGAAGAUUAUUUGAUGCGGAAAGGGAAGCAGGAGCUGGUGGACAAGUGGCUGCAGAGGCACAGUCCGGGACAGGGGGCUUCGGGCCUGAAGCCUGCCCUGGCUGGCACUGGUAGCUCGGCUCAGGGUAGUGGCCGAGGCAGCGCUGGUACAGGUGGUGGUGCUGGACCCCAGGGCUCUGCCAACACGCCCAGUGGUGGGGAAAGUGCUGGGGUUCCCCUGAGUCCCAGCUGGGCCAGUGGCAGCCGGGGCGAUGGGAGCCUGCAGCGGAAAGCUUCGCAGAAAGAGCUGAGGAAGAGCUUUGCCCGCUCUAAAGCUAUCCAUGUGAACAGGACCUACGAUGAACAGGUGACCUCCCGGGCCCAGGAGCCCAUGAGCAGUGUCCGGCGGAGAGCCCUGCUCAGGAAGGCCAGCUCUCUGCCCCCUACCACAGCCCACAUCCUCAGUGCCCUGCUGGAAUCGAGAGUGAAUCUGCCUCAGUAUCCCCCUACGGCCAUCGACUACAAAUGCCACCUCAAAAAGCAUAACGAACGCCAGUUUUUCUUGGAACUGGUCAAGGACAUUUCCAAUGACCUUGACCUCACCAGCCUAAGCUACAAGAUCCUCAUCUUUGUCUGUCUCAUGGUGGACGCUGACCGUUGCUCUCUCUUCUUAGUGGAGGGGGCAGCUGCUGGCAAGAAGAGUCUGGUCUCCAAAUUUUUUGAUGUGCAUGCGGGAACCCCACUGCUCCCCUGCAGCAGCACAGAGAACUCAAAUGAGGUGCAGGUCCCCUGGGGCAAAGGCAUCAUUGGCUAUGUCGGGGAACAUGGAGAAACAGUCAACAUUCCUGAUGCCUAUCAGGACCGAAGAUUCAAUGAUGAGAUCGACAAGCUCACUGGAUACAAGACAAAAUCACUACUGUGCAUGCCUAUCCGGAGCAGUGAUGGUGAGAUUAUCGGUGUGGCCCAAGCAAUAAAUAAGAUUCCUGAGGGCGCUCCAUUUACGGAAGAUGACGAAAAAGUUAUGCAGAUGUAUCUUCCGUUCUGUGGGAUCGCCAUCUCUAAUGCUCAGCUCUUUGCUGCCUCGAGGAAAGAAUACGAAAGGAGCAGGGCUUUGCUGGAGGUGGUCAAUGACCUCUUCGAAGAACAGACCGACCUGGAGAAGAUUGUCAAGAAAAUAAUGCAUCGGGCCCAAACUCUGUUGAAAUGUGAACGUUGUUCGGUUUUACUUCUAGAAGACAUUGAAUCGCCGGUGGUGAAGUUUACCAAAUCCUUUGAACUGAUGUCCCCGAAGUGCAGCGCUGAUGCUGAGAACAGUUUCAAAGAAAGCAUGGAGAAGUCAUCUUACUCCGACUGGUUGAUAAACAACAGCAUCGCUGAGCUGGUGGCUUCGACAGGCCUUCCCGUGAAUGUCAGCGAUGCCUAUCAGGACCCGCGCUUUGAUGCUGAGGCCGACCAGAUAUCUGGCUUUCAUAUAAGAUCUGUUCUCUGUGUCCCUAUUUGGAACAGCAACCACCAAAUAAUUGGGGUCGCACAAGUGCUGAACAGACUGGACGGGAAACCUUUCGAUGACGCAGACCAGCGGCUUUUUGAGGCUUUUGUCAUCUUCUGUGGCCUUGGUAUCAACAACACAAUUAUGUACGAUCAAGUAAAGAAGUCCUGGGCCAAGCAGUCUGUGGCUCUUGAUGUGCUGUCAUACCACGCCACGUGUUCCAAGGCUGAAGUCGACAAGUUUAAGGCAGCCAACAUCCCUCUGGUGUCAGAACUGGCCAUCGAUGACAUCCAUUUUGAUGACUUUUCCCUUGAUGUUGAUGCCAUGAUCACAGCUGCUCUCCGGAUGUUCAUGGAGCUGGGGAUGGUACAGAAAUUUAAAAUUGACUAUGAGACCCUGUGCAGAUGGCUUCUGACAGUGAGGAAGAACUACCGGAUGGUUCUCUACCACAACUGGAGACAUGCUUUCAAUGUGUGCCAAUUGAUGUUUGCCAUGCUCACUACUGCUGGGUUUCAAGAGAUUCUGACCGAGGUGGAGAUUUUAGCGGUGAUCGUGGGAUGCCUGUGUCAUGACCUCGACCACAGAGGAACCAACAACGCCUUCCAAGCUAAGAGUGACUCUGCACUGGCCCAGCUCUAUGGGACGUCAGCAACCUUAGAGCAUCACCACUUCAACCAUGCUGUGAUGAUCCUUCAGAGUGAGGGUCACAACAUCUUUGCUAAUUUGUCCUCCAAGGAAUACAGUGACCUCAUGCAGCUUCUGAAGCAGUCGAUACUAGCCACAGACCUCACGCUGUACUUUGAAAGGAGAACUGAAUUCUUCGAGCUUGUCAGUAAAGGAGACUACGAUUGGAACAUCAAAAGCCACCGUGACGUGUUUCGAUCGAUGUUAAUGACGGCCUGUGACCUUGGAGCCGUGACCAAACCGUGGGAGAUCUCCAGACAGGUGGCUGAACUUGUAACCAGCGAGUUCUUUGAACAAGGAGAUCGGGAGAGGUCCGAACUCAAACUCACUCCCUCGGCUAUCUUUGACCGGAACCGGAAAGAUGAACUGCCUCGGUUGCAACUGGAGUGGAUUGAUAGCAUCUGCAUGCCUUUGUAUCAGGCCCUGGUGAAGGUCAAUGCGAAGCUGAAGCCCAUGCUGGAUUCAGUGGCUGCCAACCGGAGGAAGUGGGAAGAGUUACACCAAAACAGACUGCAGCUCUCUGCUGCCUCCCCGGCCCCUGCGAGUCUCACGGUGGCGGGCGAGGACAGAAUGUAGAAGACCACUCAAGAGCCUCUGCGCAACCCUGUGGCCUGGAGGGUCCUCUGCAGCCCGAAGGACCUGCUUCCGCGGCCACAUCCAUCUUUCCUUUCGGCUCAGACAGUCCUGAAGUGUGGACCAGGACGCGCACCUGGAAGUGUGCUUGGCAGCAGAGGAACGGAAGGCUGAAGGACGGAGUCGGGCAGAGAACCUGACCCUCGACUCUCCGCGAGGAACCCGCACUACUGGGUUUGGAUCCGUGAACCUGAGGGCUGUCAGCCCCACCCGUGCUGAGUUGAGGGGACGCCGUGGUAAAAGCGUCACUAACACUG